AUGGGAGAUCAUUAUGGGUUUUCUCUAACAACAUUUAGUCCUUCUGGGAAACUGAUGCAAAUAGAAUACGCACUUAAUGCUGUCAAGAACGGGCAACCAUCGGUCGGUCUUAGAGCAUCUGAUGGCGUAGUGUUGGCUACAGAAAAUAAGGCGUCGGUUUUAUAUGAAGAUCAGCCAAAAAUUGAGAAAAUCAGCGACCAUAUCGGAUGCGUGUACAGUGGUAUGGGACCGGAUUACAGGAUCCUAGUCAAAAAAGCUCGGAAGAUUGCAAUGACGUAUGAGUUAAUGUACGGAGAAGAAAUCCCUACUACACAGCUGGUUACGAGGUUGGCUUCCGUGAUGCAAGAGUACACCCAGUCAGGUGGAGUACGACCAUUUGGAGUCUCACUCUUAAUUGCCGGUUGGGAUUCUAGCGGCGAAUCUGCUCGGCCGCUUCUUUUCCAGUGCGACCCUUCGGGUGCAUAUUUUGCUUGGAAAGCCACAGCACUGGGUAAGAACGAUGUUAAUGCAAAAACUUUUUUGGAAAGAAGGUUCAGUGAUGCACUUGAGCUGGAUGAUGGAAUUCAUACAGCGUUACUAACCUUGAGGGAGAGUUUCGAUGUUGGAAUGACUGAUGAUAAUGUUGAAAUUGCGGUAUGUGAUAAAAACGGCUUUCAUAGGCUGACUAAGCAGCAACUGAAAGACCAUCUUGGGGCGUUAUAA